AGUUUCCUGGUAGCAGGGAAUAUACGACUAAAAGUCUAAGUUGUAAACAGAGAGAUGGUCCGCAGGGCAUAUUAGCUACGCUGGUUAGCUGUACAGUACGUUAGCAACAACAUGCUAACGUUAUCUCACCGUUCAAACUAGUAGUUUUUGUAUAAACGCGCUGAUAUGAAGUUAAAUACGGAGAUAAGUUGCUGUAAUCGCCUCCAAUUUAUCCUCGAAACGAAGCGUGGUUGAUGUUAGAGCGGCAGCGGAGUUUUUAAUUUAUUCCGCAACAAGUCAUCGGCGGACAACUUUUCUGACAGCUUAACGUUAGCUUAGCCUCGUUAGCCUAGCCGCGUUAGCUUAGCCCGACCAGCCGAACCGAUUCAGUUUGCGGCAACUCGGUUCUGCCGCUCAUGUGCGGAGCGUCUGUUGGGACUCUAAUGGGUCUGCGGUCUCAGAGAGGUUCUGGAAGAUAAAGCAGCCACCCGCUCCCCCUCUCUCCAGAGCGGUCUUCCACUUUUACAUCACCCCCGGUAAAAAGUUUUGGGUAACUGCGGCCCGCACCAUGUCCGGCUCCGCGGGCAGCGGUGGCUCCAACCCCAGGAAGUUCAGCGAGAAGAUCGCGCUGCACAACCAGAAGCAAGCUGAGGAGACGCGGGCCUUCGAGCAGCUGAUGACCGACCUCACCGUGUCCAGGGUGCAGUUUCAGAAGGUCCAGCAGCUCCGCCUGUCCCAGUCACGGGCCCAGUACUACGGCGGCUCUCUUCCCAACGUCAAUCAGAUCGGCAACGCCAACGCGGAUUUCCAGGGUUGCUUCCCCUCAGGCCUGGACUCCGUCAGAGGGACGCGCCACCAUGGGCUGGUGGAGAGGGUCCACAGGGACCGCAACCGCAUCACCUCUCCUCACCGCCGACCCAUCGACAAGCACGGACGGCAGAUGGAGAGCUCCCCGUACGGAGCAGUGUACCUGUCGCCCCCACCAGACAACAGCUGGAGAAGGGAACAGCAGCCAUGGACUGAGGAGAAACGGCCGGGGUUUAGAUUAAUAUCACAGCUCAACAGAACCAACUCGGACUCUGCUCUGCAUACGAGCGCUAUGAACCCGAACCCCCAGGACCCGUUUGGCAUGAACCAGCAGAUGGGUCGAGGUCCUCCGCAGCGCAAUGGCUGGCAUGCAGCGAGCGUGAACGAGGCCGACGUAGACGGCAGCGGAGACGUGUUUUCCUUUCCUGCUCUGCCGAGCGACGAGAGCCUGAUGGGGGUCAGCAAGCCGCUUCCCAAGCAGCUGUGGGAGGCCAAGAAGGUCCAGUCUCUGGCGUCCAGACCCAAAUCAUGUGAAGUGCCUGGAAUCAACAUAUUCCCGUCUCCAGAGCAGAGCGCCUGUCUGUCCCACUACCAGGGCUCGCUGAGCACCGGCGGCUCUCUGCCCGACCUCAGCAACCUGCAGUUCCCCUCGCCGCUGUCCACGCCGCUGGACCCCGAGGACAACGGCGGCUACCCCAACCUCAGCGGGGGCAGCAGCACCGGAAACCUGCCGGCCGCCAUGAUGCACCUCGGCAUCGGCAACUCGCAGGGUCUGUCCUCCUCUCUCAGCAAUCCCUCCAUCCAGGCGUCCCUCAACAACUGCCAGCUGCAGUCGUCGCUCAGCAACCCCUCCAUCAGCUCGUCGCUGCGUCUGUCCGGCAGCUCGCCCCGCCGCCGCCCGGCGCCCAUCAGCCCCCUCACCCUGUCUCCGGGAGCGGAGCAGCGCAGGGGUCUGUCCAAGCAGCUGUCCCCCACCAUGUCCCCCUCGUUGUCCCCCAUCACGCAGGGAGUCGCUUUGGACACCAGCAACAUGCCAAGAGAGCCGCCUCCGCCAUAUCCGCUCUAUCAGCAGCCCCAGCAUGCAGUAGAUCACGGCCGGCCGCACCAGCAGCCGUCGCAGCAGCAACAUCAACAGCAUCUUCAACAGCAGCAACAUCAACAGCAGCAACAUCAGCAUCAGCAACAGCAGCAGCAACAUCAGCAACAGCAGCAGCAACAGCAUCAACAGCAACAGCAUCAACAUCAGCAGCAGCCUGUUUCACCUCUUCAGAACAUCCCUCUGGACUUUAACUCCAGCCAGCAGAACAGCAUGGCGUCACUGUUCAGCGACCCGUUUGUGGAGCAGCAGUUCUCCAACCGGCAGAACAAGGCGCUGUCCUACCAGCUGGACCAUUUCAGCCUGUUGGAAAACGCUUUGAGCUCCUCAGCAGGGGGGUCCUGCUACGACCCGUCGUCCCCCUCGUCCUCGCUCUACUACUCCCAGGCGGCGCUGUCGGGCCUGGGGGGCAGCCACGGCAGCCUGCAGGACCCGGGCCACAUGAGGUCCAACAUGCUGUACUCCAACUGCAGCGGAGGGCUGCCCAACAUCAUCCUCACCGAUGACUCCAACCCGAGUCUGUCGAAGGACAUCAGCAGCGCCCUCUCCACCGUCCCCGAAUGCUUCGACUCGGAGGGCGGCUUCCCGCUGGAGGACGAGCUGCGCAUCGAGCCGCUCAGCCUGGACGGCCUGAGCAUGCUCAGCGACCCCGACAUGGUGCUGCCCGACCCGUCCGUGGAGGACACCUUCCGCAGCGACAGGCUGUGAGCGCGGCGGCGGCGGCGGCGGACGCGCGGCGUCAGAGUGUACAGACCUGGACGCGCGUGCCGGCGACGCCAGACUCAUGAAAUGUGAAUUUGUGAGAGGAGAGCGGCGAACAAUCAGCGCUUACAGCCGCUCUGCUGUAACCAAAACGACGCCAUCGCCGAGCCAGGAGGGCGCCGGCGUGCUCUCCCAUCGCCAGCUCUCAGCGCCCAGUUACCCUGGAGCCAUGGAAACACCAUAACCAUGGUUACACACCAUAGCAACCCCUUCGCCGUGCCGACGAGCGGCAGAAAUCCAACACAUGGUUUAGGUUUGCUGCAGCGCUGAUGAAGGAGCAGAACUCCUGCGACCGCUGCAGCGCAGGCGGCGCCGCGGCUGGCAAUGAAGAAGAGACGGAUUCGACUUUUCAAAUGUAUUCCUUUACAUACGGUGUCAGAUUAUUUUUAAAUGUGUGCGUUCAUAAAAAAAACAAGAAAAAGAAAAGAAAAGCCGAUCAGAAACGAGACAAAAAAAGGGCAAACUGUUUACAAAGACUGUAUUAAGCCAACAUGUGAAGUUCCGGCUGAGGAAAUGCAGAAAAUAAAUGCUUUAUUUUAUUU